AUCUUUAUUUCACUUUUAGCCCCGAAAUCUCUCUCUAUUUCUAAAUUUUACUCACUUAUUUAUACAUUUUCUUUUCCCUCUUUUUCUUUACCUUCUCUUCUACCAUCAGUUUCUUCGAUUUGUUGAUCUGCUUCUCGGGCAUGGUGGUGGCCUUGAUCUUUUGCUCGGGCCUUUAAUGGCGGAAAAAGCAUCAGCGGAGAUCUUGGGGAGAGAAAGAGAGAGAGAGAGAAGGAACAGACUGCAGAGAGAGAGAGAGAGAGAGGGGGGGGAGAGUGAUUGAGAUUUUUUUUCAGAUGGGGUUGUGAGAUGAGAUGAUGAACAGUGGGUUUUAAAGGUCGAGCAUCUUGCUUUUUUUUUCUUUUGGGCUUUUGGGGUGUCUUUGAUUUGUUUCGAUUUGAUAUGGGUGGGUGUUUUCCUUGUUUCGGAUCAUCCAACAAGGAAGGGAACGGUGUGAAGGAAGUGGCGAAGAAAGAUUCAGUUAAGGAUGGUUCAGCUACACAGUCUCACCAUGUGAGCAGAGCCGGUUCAGAAAAAUCAAAAUCUCGAAAUGGUUCCGACCCUAAGAAGGAACCAGUCAUUCCAAAAGAUGGACCAACACCGCAUAUUGCCGCACAGACAUUUACUUUUCGGGAGCUUGCUGCUGCCACGAAGAACUUUAAGCCAGAGUGUUUACUGGGUGAAGGAGGGUUUGGACGCGUUUACAAGGGUCGCUUAGAGAGCACAGGACAGGUCGUUGCUGUGAAACAGCUUGACCGCAAUGGUCUCCAGGGAAAUAGAGAGUUUUUGGUGGAAGUUCUCAUGCUUAGCCUCUUACAUCACCAAAAUCUUGUCAACUUGAUAGGUUAUUGUGCUGAUGGGGACCAACGACUCCUUGUUUAUGAAUUCAUGCCGUUAGGAUCAUUGGAGGACCAUUUACAUGAUCUUCCACCUGACAAGGAACCUCUGGACUGGAAUACAAGGAUGAAGAUUGCAGCUGGUGCAGCUAAAGGUUUGGAAUACUUGCAUGAUAAAGCAAACCCCCCUGUCAUAUACAGGGAUUUAAAAUCAUCCAACAUCCUUCUCGAUGAGGGCUAUCAUCCUAAGCUAUCUGACUUUGGACUUGCAAAACUGGGUCCUGUUGGUGACAAGACUCAUGUCUCCACCCGGGUUAUGGGGACAUACGGUUAUUGUGCUCCUGAAUAUGCUAUGACUGGCCAGCUCACCCUGAAGUCUGAUGUUUAUAGUUUUGGAGUUGUUUUUCUUGAACUUAUCACUGGGCGCAAGGCUAUAGAUAAUGCUCGAGCUCCUGGAGAGCAUAAUCUUGUUGCAUGGGCACGGCCUCUUUUCAAGGAUCGUCGGAAGUUCCCCAAAAUGGCAGACCCACUACUGCAAGGCCGUUAUCCUAUGCGAGGACUUUACCAAGCUCUUGCUGUCGCAGCCAUGUGCCUGCAAGAACAAGCUACUACAAGGCCUCUAAUAGGGGAUGUUGUAACUGCUCUCACGUAUCUAGCCUCCCAAACUUAUGACCCAAAUGCAGUGGCAGCUCAAAGUAACAGAUUAGGCUCAUCUACACCGAGAAAUAAGGAUGACCGGAGGAACAUGGCAGACGGGCUAGAUAGCCCAGAUGAUCUGGGACGUGGUGGGCGGCAUGGUUCCCCUUCCACUCAUAGGAAUUCUCCUGAUUUUCGAAAGAGAGACCAUGUUAGAGAAUUGAGCGCCGGUGGUGCCGAUUUAGGCAGGAGUGAAACAGGUGGUGGCUCAGGGAGGAAAUGGGGUUUGGAUGAAUUGGAGCGACAGGAAUCCCAGAGAGACAGCCCUGUCAAUACUGGGAGAGCUAGGGAAACUCCGAGGAACCGUGAUCUUGACAGAGAACGUGCAGUUGCUGAGGCGAAGGUGUGGGGUGAGAAUUGGAGAGAGAAAAAGCGGGCAAAUGCAAUGGGUAGCUUUGACAGCACAAAUGAGUGAUUGCACUGAACUCUUUUUGAGUCAUGCAGCUUUGGGUGUUCUAGGGAAGAAAAUUAGUCUGGUUCUGGGGAUCAUCAUGAAGGAAGAAAGGAGUAAAUUUAUGGAUAUAUCAUCUUUUACUUUCUUGGUUUCCAAAUUUUCACCCAGGGAAUAAGGGGGGUUGGGGUUCUUGUAUUCGACUUUUGACUGCUGUUGCUUGUGCUAUAUCAUUCUUGUACUUGGGUAUAAAUGCUUCAACUAUGUGGUAAAGGAGGAAGGGACGGUUAAAGAAGGGAUAAUCUUGGGAGUGGGUCAGGUGUUACGCAGGAAAUUUACAGGUAACCCACCGUGGAAUGUUGUAUGUGACAGGGUUUAUUUGUGUAUUUAGGGCUUUCUUGGGGAGUGGGGGUUCAUGACGCAAGAUCAGCUGGGAAAGAUGUCUAAUUUUUGCCCCAUGUAUCGAUCGAAUGAGGGGUAACUUUGUGGAUUUGGUUUGGGUGUCUCACUGUUCCAUGUUCCCAUCUUGUACUCAUACAUUCCCAUGUAUGGAUUUGGGUCAGGUCAUGUUUUUUUGCCUUAUACAAAGUUUUAUCACAUUAUCUCCA